AUGAGCAGCUCACUGGAAGGCUCAAAGCUUAAGCUUAUUCCGGCCAGGGACAUACUUUGCCCUCCUCGCGCUCGUAUUUGGCUACCUGUGAUGGACUUAAGCGGUGCAGAUGUGCUGAAAUACUUAAACUCACACAACCCUGCGGUGCCGAUAGACGACUGGGCAAUCGUGAAGGCAGAAAAACCGCAAAAGAGCAGCAUGUCAUUCGUUCUACAGGUCAACGAUGAUACAAUACUAAAAAAAUCGGAUAACAAGAUGCGGCUUGGUCUACGAAAGGCCAAACUGAAAAUUUUCAAAGCAGACAGCAAUGAAAAUAAGAAUGACCUAGAUGAGGUCGACAGCAAUAUACAGCUAGAAAAGCUGUACCUAGCUGAAGACGACAACAAACCCGAUGCCUAG